AUGACAGCAAUUGGAUAUUUAACUUUAGUUGCAGUUCUCUCAACAGCAACCGCUCAAAAUCAACAACAAAACCGAGAUCGCCCACAACCCAUUCCAAUUUAUUACACAUUACAACUUCCAAAGUUACAAGAUCCUGUACCGUUUUAUAACCCGGAAAUUUCUUCAAAUUUGCAACCCCCAAAUAAUUACAAUAACGUUCCUGUUGUGUUUUAUGAAUAUCCUACACCUUCCCAAGAAUUACAACCUCCAAAUCCAGAAUUAUGGAACCCAAACAAUGAAGAAACCUAUUAUUAUCCAUCUGAUUUAGAUGUCGAACAACCAACUAAUAGUCAUCCGAAAAAAUACAACAAAGACGUUCACGAAAAACUAAAACUUUCAAAUCCAAAAGGACCAGAAUUAUCCAGAACGAAUAAUUUCGAUGACUUGGAACAAAGAAGAAAAACGUUCGAGAGAUUCUCAAAAGCGGAGAAUAAGAAACAAAUCGAGGAGGAAAAGGUAGUUGACUUAAACGAUGAAAAAAAUGAUAAAAACGAAUCUCCGCAAGAACCGAUUGCGGAGGCUAGUGAUCAUUUUGAUGACGUCGAAGAUAUAACGACGUCAUUUACACAUUCAUUGGGGGUUCGAUUUCCCGGUGAAAGGGUACAAUUUCAUAUGCACGGUCACAAAGGUCCAAACAGUUACAAGUUUGGUUAUGAUACAGGAAAAGGGCACAAUCGUCAAUUUAGAGUAGAAGAGCGCGACCAAAACGGAUAUGUGACAGGCCAAUAUGGAUAUCUUGAUAAAAAGGGCAAGCUGCACAUGUUUGAUUAUUUUUCAGACCCUAAAGGAGGAUACACAUCAAAGAAACAUACAACAGAGGAUAGAAAAUAA